GGCGCCGGCAUCGUGGCAUAGCCUUCUUGGAACGGAGUAAUGUAUCUGUGUUAUGCUCUGAAAUUUCCUCAAGUACUGUCGGCGCCGUUGAGUCACGAACCGUCAGAUGAGAUACCUGUUUCACAGUGCCAGAAGCUGGAUCGGUUGGCAUCGGCUGCGAAAAGAGACAGAGUGGCUGGCGGAAGGAGCGUUGACGCACGUGCCGGUACAGCUGUCUAUCCCGAUCCUCCCACACAGUGACGUGUUGGUACUGGUACGGGCAUGGAGAAGGCUGCUCCUGAGAAGACCAUCCAGGCAGAGAGCACGGCUCCGCAGGAUGCGGGGAUCUUCUUGGAGUAUAGCCAGAUAUAGCCUUGUCUUCGGGUUUUCUGAUUAUCCCUACCUUCUUUAUGCACCCCUUGGGCCUUCGGUUUGCAUCAAAUUCAGCACGUCAACGCUCGAGAUGCUAAUCCUGCUCACGGUAUCCGCGCUGGAAAACGCGGUUUUGAAUCUUGCAACGCAUAGCGCGAUCUUUGAGCUUGGACUAGUGGUUUUCCAUUCGGAAGAGUUGCUUGCAGGUGACCCAUCACGAUGACCGAUUGGGUAGUGGGAUAUCCGAAAGCUGAGUGCAGCAUUUUGUGACGACUUUUCACAGGUUGGGAGAUCAAGGCCACAUCUUCUCUCACGGCCACUCAUGCGCUACGAAUGAACUGCUAUGCCCUGAUACUCUUCGAUACUGUUCUGGCGUAUAGCCGUGAAUACUGCGGUUGUCAGCAUCCUUGUCGCUAUGUAGCGAUGCCCUGCAAGACACACAUUCCUCGCUGUCUUUCACACUCGCGGAUCCAUUCGAGCGUAGCAUUACGCCAUUCUGCCAUUCGUCAAUGACUUUCGCAGG